AAAGAAAUUGUUGUAGAAUUUUAAUGUUAACUAUAAUUCUUUCUAAUUCUCAUCCAGAACUCUAGGUGGCAGUAAUGCCUAGCUUUUCCCACUGGCAUUCCUCAAAGCAGGAAGAACAGUUAUGCCACAGCAGCAUCUUGUGUGCAUCCUGUUACAGGAUAGUGUGAGGAAAAACAGUGGAAAUGCAGCAAUACAGGAUGCGUCUGUCCUGAACUGAAGUAAGAAAGUUCACUAUGGCGCUUUGCCUAUGGCUUAUUGUGGUGGCCCCAGUAUGUUCCUGGGGACAGAGGCCAGUGGACACAGCGGACAGUGUUGUUUUCCAGCCCCAGAGUGCGCUCACUGACAUGGAGUUUGCCAGUGUGAGCACAUACCGUGGUCCUGGAAACACUGACCCUCGGCCCAAUAAUAAGCUUCCCAUCCUUCUUUGGUGGAGCUCCAAUCUGUUUCCACACUUCCCAGGAGAUACAGAACGUGUGGACUGUGCCCACUCAUCCUGUCUAGUCACAAGCAACCGCAAAGUCCAGCUGUAUCGCCGCACGGCAUCCAUUGUUUUCUAUGGCACAGACUUCCGGGCGUACGAGGCUCCACUGCCACGUUUAUCCCAUCAAACCUGGGCGCUUUUCCAUGAAGAGUCGCCCAUGAAUAAUUAUCUUCUCUCUCACAAUGUUGGAAUCAGGCUGUUUAACUACACAGCCACGUUCAGGAGGGAGUCGGACUAUCCAUUGACACUGCAGUGGUUACCCUCUCUGGAUUAUCUUCUGAAACCAACGGCAGUCCCUCUGCAGGAGAAGAACCGCUGGAGACAGGCCGGUCUGGCCCCUGUGCUCUACAUGCAGUCCCACUGUGAUGUGCCUUCAGACCGGGAUCGCUAUGUUCAAGAGCUGAUGAAAUAUAUCGAGAUUGACUCAUAUGGGAAGUGCCUUAAUAACAAACCCCUGCCUGAUUAUCUGGAGGACACCAGCACAGCCACUGGUGAAGACAGGCGCUUCAUGAGUUUCGUCAGCCGUUAUAAGUUCCACCUGGCCCUGGAGAACGGCCUGUGCCCCGACUACAUGACGGAGAAGCUGUGGCGGCCCAUGCACCAGGGCUGUGUGCCCAUUUACAGGGGUUCAUCAUCAGUGGCCGAUUGGCUGGCAAACAAUCAUUCCGCUAUCCUUAUUGAUGAUUUUUCCUCUCCACGGGAGCUGGCGGAGUUCAUAAAGGCUCUGGACCAAGACGACGCAGAGUAUUCACGCUAUCUGGAGUACAAAACGCCGAGCAAGAUCACUAACCUGCGUCUGCUGGAGGGCCUGGAGAGCAGAGAGUGGGGCGUCAAUGACAUGAGUAAACCAAACUACCUGAAUGGGUUUGAGUGUUUUGUGUGUGACCGAGAGAACGAACGCCUGGCAGCAGAGAAAGCACACAGGAAGAACCCAAAACAGAACCUGUCGCCUCAACCAAAGAUGGCCAACAGCUCACACAUGGGCUGCCCGCUGCCCAGUCCUGGAUAUGGACCCGUGGAACACAUUGACCCAAAUGAUGGCUGGCUUCAGAUGUGGCCGCAGGACUACUGGCAGAGUCUGGAUCAAGCAGAGGGUUUGGAGUCACUCAUCAGACACAAUGUGUCAGAUCCGUCAUUACUUUGGCAGCAUAUACAGAGUAUUGCUGUGAGGAGAGCCAGAGGCCGAUGAGAUGAACCCAGGACUCACCAACCACCUGAGGGGAUGUCACGGAUCAAAACUUCCUCUGACAUCUCAAGACUGAAAUAUUUUUGCAAACAGUUUGGCAAUCCACCCAAGGCUGAUGAGACGUUUUUGAAAUUAGAUUUUUUUUUAAAUUCCUAAUCAGAUAGAAACAAUCACAAUAAUCUUGUUACAUUUAAAUAUUUCCCAUCAGUAAUUUGUAUUAUGCAUUUAAAAUGAAUGUUUUUGAGCUAUAUGUUAAACUGAAAAGCUUCAGCAGAUGUUGAACGUUCACACCUUACAAUCACUCGGGACUUGCUUGCAGCUUGUCACAGAAGAGCUCAUGGAAGGAUGUCACUACAUUUAUGAUAAACAAAAAUGAUGUUGGUGCAUGAUGGUCUUUAAGAGUGAAUCAUGAAAACAAAUCAAGGUCAAAUUUCACUACAAAAAUCAAAAAGAAAAAGGUAAAGCAACCCUUUGAAACCCUUUGGACCAUUACGAUUUUGGCUCGUUAAGCAUGUGUCUAAAUGAUUUUUUAAACAUUAUGCUCAAUGCUAAUGCUAAUUAUUGAACAUACAUCAAUUUCCAUUUGUAGUAGUUACAAUAUAGCAUUUUUUCACAUGAUGGGAAUAAAUGGGAAUUCGUAGCAUGUUGGAGUGAAGGUUGUUUAUUGUCAUACAGUGUCACAAUUGAAAAUUAAUUUGUCAAAAAUGUCACAAUUGCAAAAAUCAUGCAAAAAGUCAUAAAUAUGUAUACUUUUUCUCUAUGCAAAAUGUAACUUUUCUUUUGAUUUUUGAGUGAGGUUUUUUUUUUUAAUGACCUGGACCUGUUCUUAAAUGGUUCAUUUGAUUGUCCUAUAAGACUCCUGGGACCUGUUUCAGUGUUUGUGUACCUCAGUAUUUCUUACGCAAUAUUUAUAUAUUUAUAUUUUUUUAUUGCACAUUCUUGUAAGAGAACAAUAAAAGGAGAAUUGGACUUGCA